AUGACAAAAUUACAAAUUGGUCAUUUUGGUCACCCUGCUAAUAAAACUGCAACUAGUAUAAUAUAGAAAAACUCUCGAAAUAUUUAAUUCAAUUCCAAGUCCAACGCAAUAAAACGUGACACGGCCUCUCGACCAUUGAAGACAAUUCCGAAUGACUGUGAGAAAAUUCACAAUCGCGUGGGGUGAGAAGCUACAAAAGAUUAGAAAAGAGGGUAAGGAGAUAAAGCCUCGGAUGGAACAGAAUGAAUGAAAGAAAGAAAUAAAGGAAGCAAGGAAGGCGAAUUGUUGAAAAGAAGUAGAUAGAAGGGCAGAACGUGUCUGACGGAGGAAAGAAGAGAAAGAUAAGAAGGAAAGUACGAAACGGUCUCGCGAGAAGAAGAUUUCGCGGAUUUACGGCUGGAAGAAAGAUUCUACAGUGUUUAACGCCACCUUUGUGUCAGACAUCGAGAUUAAGGAGUCUCGUGACUGGCGACGCCCGACCAUUCGUUGUCACAACGUAAUGAAGUAUCGCGUGGUACCUCGUUAUCUGAAGAAAACGCGGGGGCUGAGAAUCCCGGUCCAGGACGCAACAAUCCCGGUCAUUAUCGUAAAGGACAAUGAAAUGCCCUUUAGGAAAGAGAUCGAUCGAUUAAACAGAUCGAUCAAGUUACGAAUUCUCAAACUGGAAUUCUCGUCUUCCCAUAGAACGUGCCAGAAGUGUCCAAUUUACUUUCUAUUACUCGGCAACGAUGGAAAUAAUCAGAAUGGAAAAUUCAGCGACAAAUUAAUGACCGCCGCAGUCAUCAUCCGCUUGUUUCGAUAA